UCAAGAUAAUAAAUGUAAAUAUUUAUUACUUUUAUUAUUCAAGGAAAUGUCUAAAUAUAAUAUUAGUAAUAAAUUAUCCUGCCAAAAGUGACGUUUUUAGUUGAUUAAUCAUUAAGUUAAACGACAAUAUUUAAUUCUUCCCAGAUGUGAUGAUUUCUGAUUAUAAAGAAAUUUCACUAUUUUAUUACCUUAUUAUAGACAAACCAAUGAUAAAGAUAAUAGAAAAUAAUCAUUAGUUGCAUCACUAUUGUAUUUAAAGAUAUAUUGAUAUAUUACAUCUUUUCAGUACCAUUUCAUUUUAAUAAAGAUAGAUCAAUAAUGUUAUAUUUAACAUGUACAGCUCUUAUAGAGCUUGUGUUAAUAACAGAAACUGAUGAUUAAAUUAGUCUUUGAGCAGAAAAACGAGCUGUUCCUCCUAAAAUGUGAGGAUUUCCUGCUUUGUCUUUAUUUAUCAGUUAUAUUCGAUAUCUUUGUGUUUUUGACUGUAGCUUAAACUAAAAAAGGUUAUUUGAAGACGUCACCGUGGACGUUAUUCCUUUUAUUAUUUAGACAUUUUAUAAACUAAACGAUUGAUGACAAACAAACUGUUUCCUGAACGCUUUGCUUUUUCUAUCACUACGGUGUCCUGUGAGGUCACACAGCUUUCAGCGCCUCUAAAUAACCUCCGGUCCGUCGUUGAUGUCACCAGUUACUGUUUGUGUGUCUGAAGACUUUUAUUAAAACAUCUUAACGGUCACAAACUGAAUAAAUAAUCUGUGUGUGUUCCCUCUCCAGGCCAAGGAGAUUCUGACCAAGGAGUCCAACGUUCAGGAGGUGCGAUGCCCGGUGACGGUGUGCGGAGACGUUCACGGUCAGUUCCACGACCUGAUGGAGCUGUUCAAGAUCGGAGGGAAGUCUCCCGACACCAACUACCUGUUCAUGGGAGACUACGUGGACCGAGGCUACUACUCUGUGGAGACGGUCACGCUGCUCGUCACACUAAAGGUUCGUUUCCAGGAGCGAAUCACCAUCCUGCGAGGGAACCACGAGUCGCGGCAGAUCACGCAGGUCUACGGCUUCUACGACGAGUGUCUGAGGAAGUACGGCAACGCCAACGUGUGGAAGUACUUCACCGACCUGUUCGACUACCUGCCCCUCACCGCGCUGGUGGACGGACAGAUCUUUUGUCUCCACGGAGGUUUGUCUCCUUCCAUCGACACUCUGGAUCACAUACGAGCUCUGGACCGCCUGCAGGAAGUCCCACAUGAGGGUCCCAUGUGUGACCUGCUGUGGUCUGACCCAGAUGACCGUGGUGGGUGGGGUAUCUCUCCUCGAGGAGCCGGCUACACCUUCGGUCAGGACAUCUCAGAGACCUUCAACCACGCCAACGGACUCACUCUGGUGUCCCGGGCCCAUCAGCUGGUCAUGGAGGUGAGGCACAGACACACACACACACACCAACAGCUCAUAAUUCAUCUCUAAUAUCUAUUUUAUAUUCAUAAACAU